GUGGGAGUUUUGGGUAAAAGUGCGCAGGUGUUGAGAUUGAAAGAUAAGGUCUGGCAAUAAAGAGACUACGUUAAGCUGCUUGGUGAAUGAAGCAUGCAGAGACUGCGAUGAGAUCUCCAGCCUGUUGGCGAUGUCCACUGCAGCGCGAAGCAUGUCUUCGAAGGCCAAGGACUCUUCUCUGAUUCUGCUCAGGAAACACAAACGAUCCAGGUCACAGAGUGAAGGGAAGGAAGAAACAAGGGCAGAUGUGGAGAGAUACAGAGCUCAUCACCAACUGCCUGCAACGUGUCAUUGGUGGCCAUUCUCGUAGAGUAAAUGUCAAAGCCUGAACCCCAAUCUCCACUUUGGCAGAGCGUUGGGGUUGCCAUGGAUACCCAGGCCAAGAUGAAGGGCAUCCAACAAUGCCACAUGGUAACCUGAAAAGAGAAGCAGCAACGACUACACCAUCUGACAUGGUAGACAUGAUGUGUGACCUCUUUUGGAGAUAAUACAUUCAGAAGGGCGAGCGGUGGAGUUUGAAAAGGGGCUGAGGAAAGUUAAAUCUGGCAGAGUGGAGUCCAACUGAUGGAGCCUGGUAAUGUGGUGUGCAGCAGCUUCCAGUGUUGGAAAGUACAUGUAAAGAGGAUGAAUGUAGGAGCGGAUGGUGCGGACAUCAGCCUGUUACCGAGCGGAAGACUUUGAUAUUGACAACAUGUUAGCGUCUGUCUGACGGAGGAGAGCCGCCGGAGCGACACACAAACGGAGCUUCCAUCAUCAGUGAUGAGCUGGUUUUAAUGACCUUUCGGCUCCUGUGUAAUAUGGCCUCCUUCACCUGAUUGACCAUCAGAAGAUGGGGCCUUCAGAUGCACAUAGAGAACUGUAAACAAAAUUGAGUUAAGACGGAAGGGACCACUCAACCUACUUUUUGAAGGAUAGACAUCAUUGGAGCCUGUUCUUAUGAGGACACUUGGUUCUUCCCACAGCUGUGUGCUGUGCUCAUUUUCUUUUUGAGCUCUGAAGAAAAGUCCAGCUGGAAGCGUGAGUGCCCUGAGCCUGAGGCAGAGCUAUGGGCUGUGGGGGGAGCAGGACUGAUGCUCUGGAGCCUCGAUACCUGGAGAGCUGGACCAAGGAGACGGAGUCGACAUGGCUGACCAGCACAGACACUGAUAUCCCCCUGUCAUCCAUCCAGAGCAUCCCCUCGGAGAACUCUGAGGCCGACUUCGCUAUUGAGAAAACAAUCAGCCCUGUUCCAGAUUUCUUCGAGGACGGCCUCCCUCCCCCUGCUCAGGCUUACCUAAAGGUCUGUUCGGCCGUGUCUGAAGCCAGUCUGAACGACGUGAAAGCCAGCAGCCCCCCUGCAAUACUGGGCUCUCCAGCCAAGGAGGCAGUGUUACCAUCUUCUGGCAUCACAGUGCAGCGCAGAAGCGUUCUACACACUGAAGAGAUUACAAAAUGGCAGGACAAUCGGAUGUCGACCAAGCAGGUGACCAUCACAGUGACACAGAGCAUCCAUCAGGUGGACAAGAACGGGAAGGUGAAGAAGUCCCUCACCACCUACGAGGUUAUGAAACCCGUGGAAAGCCUCAAACAGGUGGCCACACAAAACACCUGAGUGCAGGGGAGACUGGAAGAAGCCAAAGAAAAAAGGAAGAUGACUGGUAAAACAAGUGAAUGGAUAGUGUUUUUGUGGAAACAUCUUCAAGGUCUGACAUGAAGAACGCACAAGAGGGAUGAGACGCUGAACUGUACGAUUUCGAUUGUCAUAUUGAAAACACGGCUCAUUAAAAGUUAACUAGGCCUAUUAUAUGUAAUACUGUAAGAUGUACUUCUAUGGUGCCUGUUACAACAAUGUCUUACUGUGCUGUCUUGAAGACAUUGACAUGUCAAACUGUAGGUUGGUAAGAAAAAAAUACAAAAUGUGACAUUUUACAUUACAUACAGUAUCAGAACAAAAA